GGGAUGUGUGGGGAUUUCACACCCUCCGCUGGGAUGUGUUUGGCUGGAGAUGGUAGAGUGCGUGGUUGCGUUUCCAGGCUUGUGUGUGUGUGUUUGUGUGUGUGUGUGUGUGUGGAGGUGUGUUGAUGGCCGCCUCCCACAUCUGUAAAGCUGGGCUUGGCUCCUCCAGUGUGCUUCUUGGUGUUACGAAGGAAGAACGCAGUGCGGGUUCCUUCCUGGGUGCGUGUGUGUGUGUGCUGUGGCUGGAGUGUGAGAAGUGUUGCGUGCAGAGCAGUGUUGGUGGAGGCUGCAGCCGGGGCCAGGCAGGUCACACAACCAGUCUACACUUGUAAACAUGCGCGUGUUGUGGAGGCCAAAAAAAAAGGGAAUUUGCUAAGACCUUGAUCCCUUCUACAGGACCUCUGAGGGAGUCUGUGGCCAGACUCAGAGGAGAACUGAACAAGAGGACUUACGGAGAAGUUGACGAGGUGAAGGCCUCUUGUUGCCACGAGGAUUUACUUGAGUGAGAAGCUUGAGGUAGCAGUGGAGGUGGUGUCCCCUGCAGUGCCUCUGUGGGACGCACAAUGAGGCUGGGAGCUCCCUGGCCUCCUGUGGGAGUCCAGAAGCCUGGCCGGAGUGGACGCUGAGGACGCGAAGGCGCGGCAUGUGAGGCAGUGACUACCAUGAGGUGGUGGGAGGCUGGAGCCGUGGGUCUGGCCCUGCUGCAAGUGUUGGCCUUGCUUCUCCUGCUCCUGCAACCUGCACAAGCAACCUGGUGGUUCGUGUCACAGCUCAGUGCAUCCUACUCGUCUACGAGGAUCCACUGUGAGAACAUUCCUGGACUGGUGCGUCGCCAGAGGGUGCUGUGUAAGCGUCACCCUGACGCCAUGCUGGCGGUGACGGAGGGAGCCAUCCAGGGCGUCAGACACUGCCAGAAGCAAUUCCAAGACGCCCGCUGGAACUGCUCCACAAUCCCUAGAGACGCCUCCGUCUUCGGCAGACACGUCCUGAAAAGUACGAGGGAGGCGGCCUUCGUGUACGCUAUCAACAGUGCUGGUGUUGUCCAAGCCAUCACCCGAGCUUGUUCCAGAGGCGCCAUUACUAACUGCGCUUGUGACCUUAACAAACAGGGCAGCCAGAGGGACCGUGCGGGUCAGUUCAGCUGGGGCGGGUGUUCCGAUAACAUCCGCUACGGCACCGCCUUCUCCAGGAAGUUUAUCGACGCCAGGGACCGACGCCAGAGAGACGCCAGAGCACUUAUGAAUCUCCACAACAACCGUGCAGGCCGCAAGGCUGUAAGGAAGAAGAUGCGUCUUGAGUGCAAGUGCCACGGCGUUUCCGGCUCCUGUACCGUCAGGACCUGCUGGCAGACCAUGGCCCCCUUCGGAGCCACGGCUCGCUGGCUCAAAAGCCGCUAUGACGGAGCCACGGAGGUCAGCGUCCUGCCUAAUGGUGCUGGUCUUGUUCCCCGUCACGGAGACCACAAGAAACCCAGGAAGAAGGACUUAGUCUACCUUGAGCCUUCACCUGACUACUGUGACGCAGAUGUCUCCUCAGGGUUCACGGGCACUGGAGGUCGACAGUGUAACCGCACUUCCAAGGGUACUGACGGCUGCGACUUACUGUGCUGUGGUCGAGGUUACGACACCCGCAGGCGGCUCAUCAGCACUAAGUGUGAGUGCAAGUUCCAGUGGUGCUGCUCCGUCGACUGUAAAACCUGUGAGUCGUGGCAAGACCUUCACUUCUGCAAGGCGUGGCAGGAACCCUCACCUCGUGUCUGACCUGCCUAUCACCUACUCUUCCGUGUUUGACCUGCAUAUGGCCCGUUGUUACCAAGUUUUCCUAAUAAACAGGAUUCGUCAGCCUGUACAGCCAGCACAGGGGCCGUCACAUAGUAUUUGACCUACACAUUUCUUGAGCACUAGAGAUCUUAUUACCUAUUACUUCUUGGGAGUCUAUUUUCUCAGACUAUAACAUGAAACCUGUGUAAGACUGGCUCUCGUCGACAUGUUAGUCAUCCCAAGGCUGACCUGCUCGUUCUCAUGGCUCUGGCACUCUCUUCCUAAUUUACCAUUUAGAGAUGCAUUCUGAUUAAUAAUAAGACAACAAGUGUCUCAUUCUUCAACUUGUCGGUUUUUCUAAACCAUUACAACUCACGUAUUUGGAUCUGCAAGCCAACAUGUUCUCAAGAUUCGUGCGUGUCCCUGAGGCAAUUUGCAAAAUGGAUCAGAGGUGAGUGGAAAAUGACAUGAACGCAUUCACUCAGGACACUUUUACUGAGCCUCUAUCACUUCAUAUACAUGUCCCAAGGUCCCAAGACUUAAAUGAUUUACAUAAACAUGUGUCUUCUCACUACAUGGGCCAGGGAACGGAUGGGGUUUAAACCAAUGGCAAGAGAGUGCUGAACUUCACAGGCCAGUGUGUUAACAACUUUGAAUAUACAAGGACAAAUAGUCUUGGAUCAUGUACUUCAACUCUAAGAGCAGUAUUCUGAUGCCGUGGAUGUGUAAUACCAGACACAAGAAUAUUUCUUAUACCAAAAUAUAAGUAACCGGGAAAAAUGAUGAAUUAAUAAUUCAACGUACAACAAACACACGCAUUUGAAGUGAGGUUGAUAAAUUAGACCCAUGUACAACACUUGAGUGUUUUUAUUGUGGAAACGUUUCGCCACACAGUGGCUUCAUCAGUUCAAUAUAAAGAAGAAUGGUGAAGGACAGAAGGAGUU